UCGAAGACAAUAAAACCGCCAAUUUCAUUCAGGGAGGCAGUUAGAAAAUCCACGCAAUGGUUUGAAGAGGCGAAAGAAAUUGUUACCAUAUCAAAAGAUUGGACUGAGGAUCUUGAAGACAUAGCACCAGAAGGGUAAGGAUGUCAAACAGAAUCAGGAAGCUGGUAAUUUCAACUUUCAACGGAGACCACCAAAGACUGAUUUCAUGAAGCUGAAUGUGGAUGGAGCAUGGAAAUCAAUGUCAGAAGCAGGUGGAGGGGGUGUUUUUAGAAGACCUAAUGGCUCGUGGUUUGUUGGGUUUUCUUGCAAGUUUAAUGUUAACUCUCCUUUAACAUCAGAACUAUAUGCUUUAAGAGAGGGUUUAAUAAUUGCUAAGGAUCUGAUGAUAGACAAGUUGGAGGUGGAGACUGAUGCAGUUCAGCUGAAGUUAAUGUUGGAAAAGAUGGAUGAGCACACUUAUCAUGAGUUGAGUCCAGUUCUGAGGGAUGUAGCUCAGAUGUUGAGUCAAAACUGGAUUAUCACUUUUAAUCACAUUCCUCGUUUUUGUAACAAGGUUGCUCAUGAUCUGGCAGCUCACUCUCUGGUGAUGGCAGUUGGCCAUAAACUUCAUUACAUUAUCCCAGCUUGCGCAAAGGAACAUUACAUGAAAGAAUUCGAAAUGACAAAUUCUUCUAUGGUAGAGUCUGCGAUAAGGGAUGCUUUGAAGAUGGUAACUGAUCAACCUGCUUCUACUGUUGUCACUUCUGCUUCUCCUGCUCAGAUUGUUUUUGGUUCCAAUGUUUCAAACAUCAGACAAGCAGUAGAUAUUGUAGCUGGGAAAGACAAAGUUCCACAAGACAAAGGAAAGGGUAAAUGUUCGAGCCGUUUGUUGUUGGUGGUUCAACAAUUUCUAAUCCCAUUGAGAUUGUUGAACUAGAAGAUGGUGAAGUUUCCAACAAUUAAGGAGGAGGGAGAAGGUUUUUUUGGGAGACGCAGGUUCUAUUUGCUGUUGUGUUGGCGUCUAAACUUCGGUUUCUCCUGUUUAUAUUUAGGAUUUUCAUAUUUUGUAGGUUUUGGGAAAGGAUCAAGUCAAGAUGGGAUCCAUUUUGAACAAGUUUUUGGGAACGAAAGGGACACAGAUCAGUAAUGCUGCAUCUCAGAUAUCUCAAAUCAAGCCUUUUGGGUAGGUUUAGGUACUUGUUAAUAGUCGGGGAUUAUAUGGUAAUUUUCUUUUGGGCUUCGGGUUUGUUUGUUCUUGCACGCAUGUUUUACCUCUUUAAGAAGUGGCCUUUGUAACAAACCCAUAAUUUAUAAUUAAUA